GCAAUUAUUGUGUAGUGUGCUCUGCGACCAGUUCGAGCGAUGACUCGGUCGAUGCAUCAAGACGACGCCGCCGCCGCUGUUUUACGGAGGAUUAUGGAGCUGCUACUUUUGCUGUUGAUGUUCUCUUUGUCGUCAUUUGCAUCGGUCACCGUCGAGUGCCCGGACGAAUGCACGUGUGACCAAGAGCUUUUCAACUGCGAUUCCAAGUAUCUAGGCCGUAUACCCGACCGCAUAUCUCCGGCUACCACCAAGCUGGAAUUAAGUUUCAAUAAAAUCAGGGAUAUCGAACCGAAAUCAUUAACUCAUCUGACAGAGUUAGAGACCUUAAUAUUGAGCCACAAUAUUAUAAGAGAAAUGAAAAAUGGUGCAUUUGCAAACCUUUCGAAGCUUCGAUUAUUAUAUUUGGAUGCAAAUGAAAUCGAAAACAUCGAGAAUGGGGUUUUUAAUAACUUAACGACCUUGGAAAAAUUAUACUUGAAUUACAACAAAAUUCAUAAGCUUGAUUCGGACAUUUUUAUAGGACUUACAAAACUGAAGACACUGGACUUGAGUAAUAAUAAAAUCAGGGAUAUCGAACCAAAAUCAUUAACUCAUCUGACCGAGUUAGAGAUCUUAAUAUUGAGCAAUAAUAAAAUAAGUGAUGUGAAAAUUGGUGUAUUUACAAACCUUUCGAAGCUUCGAUUAUUAUAUUUGGAUCUAAAUGAAAUCGAAAACAUCGAGACUGGGGUUUUUAAUAACUUAACGAGUUUGGAAAACUUAUACUUAAAUUUCAACAACAUUCAUAAGCUUGAUUCGGAAAUGUUUAUAGGACUUACAAAACUGAAUACACUGUACUUGAGUUACAAUAAAAUCAGGGAUAUUGUACCGAAAUUAUUAUCUAAUCUGACAGAGUUGAAGGUUUUAUCGUUGAGCAACAAUAAAAUAAGUGAUGUGAAAAUUGGUGCAUUUACAAACCUUUCGAACCUUCGGACAUUAUCAUUGAAUGAAAAUAAAAUUGAAAACCUCGAGACCGGGGUUUUUAAUAACUUAACGAGUUUGGAAAACUUAUACUUGGACUAUAACAGAAUUCAUUAUCUAGAUUCGGAAAUGUUUAAAGGACUUACAAAACUGAAUGAACUGCAUUUACACAACAAUAUGAUAAGAAAUAUUCCACGUGGGAUAUUCGAUUCAUUAACGUCGUUGGGUAAUUUAACGCUUCGGAAUGUACCGUUGACGUGCGAUUGCAAUAUUCUAUGGUUUGUAAACGUGCUGAAGAAAAGUUACCCCCCGCGAAAUCAAAUCGGUUAUUACGAUCCGAAGUGGGGUCCGACGUGUCAUUUUCCCGUUGAAAUGAGCGGAAAAUCGUUGAUGGAAAUGAACGAAAACGAUUUUCAUUGCGCAUCUCCGGAUGUAAUCGUGGUACCAGAGAACAAAACGAUGUCGGUCGGUGAACGGUUACAACUCUCGUGCAAAGCUGUAGGAGACCCGGAACCUUCUAUAACGUGGGCCAAAGACGACAUCGAUCUACAACUUGACCAAAGAGUUCAGGUAUUUAAAAACAAUACAUUGAUUAUAUCUAAAGUGGAAAGAACGGACGGCGGUCAAUAUAAGUGCGUGGUAACCAAUUCUCUUGGACGAAAAUCUUUCAAGGCUAUGGUUAACGUAAACGGUUUGGCGAAAAAUAGUUGUGAUACCAUGUUUGGAGUUUUACCAUAUUUUUUUAUUAUUAUUAUUAUUAUAUUAGCGAAUUGCAUAUUGUAUAAUGACAUAAUAUUGUGAAAAAUGUAUUAUUAUUAAUUAUUAUAUUU